GGGCUCAGUUCAGAGCCGGCAAGGGAAUGAACACAAGCCAGAAAGGCCUGUGUUUCGGUUUGGAAUUUUUGUUUUUAAUCCUCUCGUGCUGAGAUAAACGAGGCUAACAAAGCAUUUGCCUGUGUUAUAAAAUUCAUCAGAGCAGACACCGGCAGAGCGACCUCUGUAAAGGUCACGCCAAACUCUGAAGGACUUGGCAUCAUCUCUCCUUGCUUUCCUGUUGCUGCUGGACGGAGGCAUGUUCUCACCGUCCUCCCCGCCCACCGGGCUGCUAGAGAAGGUCUUCCAAUACAUCGAUCUCCAUCAGGAUGAAUUUGUACAGACGCUGAAGGAGUGGGUGGCGGUCGAGAGCGACUCGGUCCAGCCCGUGCUGCGCCUCCGACGAGAGCUGCUCAGAAUGAUGGACCUGGCUGCAGACCGGCUCCGGAACCUGGGAGCCCACGUGGACUUGGUGGACGCAGGUUUUCAGCAGCUGCCUGAUGGUCAGAGCCUCCCGACACCUCCCAUCAUCCUGGCCGCACUGGGGAAUGAUCCCAAGAAGCCCACCGUGUGCUUCUACGGCCACUUGGACGUGCAGCCUGCCAGCCGGGAGGAUGGGUGGGUCACGGACCCUCACACGCUGACGGAGGUGGACGGAAAACUGUAUGGCCGAGGAACGACAGACAACAAAGGCCCUGUUUUAGCGUGGAUCAACGCUGUGAGCACAUUCAGAGCCCUGGACGAGGAUCUGCCCGUGAACGUCAAAUUUGUCAUCGAGGGGAUGGAGGAGGCUGGUUCUCUUGCCCUGGAGGAACUUGUCCAGAAAGAGAAGGCCGGGUUCUUCUCAAGCGUAGACUACAUCGUGAUUUCAGACAAUCUGUGGGUCAGCCGGAGGACGCCCGCGCUCACGUGGGGGACGCGAGGGAACAGCUACUUCAUGGUGGAGGUGAAGUGCAGAGAUCAGGAUUUCCACUCGGGGACCUUUGGUGGGAUCCUUAACGAACCCAUGGCGGAUCUGGUCGCUCUUCUUGGCAGCCUGGUGGACUCUUCUGGUCGAAUUCUGAUCCCUGGAAUCUAUGACCACGUGGCUCCUGUUACAGAGGAGGAAAAGAGAACAUACGAAGCCAUCGAUCUGGACCUUGAGGAGUACCGGAACAGCAGCCAGGUUAAGAAAUUUCUGUUUGACACCAAGGAGGAACUUCUAAUGCACCUGUGGAGAUACCCAUCUCUUUCUAUUCAUGGGAUCGAGGGCGCGUUUCAUGAGCCUGGAGCCAAAACAGUCAUCCCUGGCCGAGUGAUAGGAAAAUUUUCAAUCCGUCUAGUCCCUCACAUGAAUAUGUCUGUGGUGGAGAAGCAGGUGAAGCAGCAUCUUGACUAUAUAUUCUCCAAAAGAAACAGCUCCAACCAGAUGACUGUAUCUAUGACUCUAGGACUACACCCGUGGGUUGCAAAUAUCAGAGACAAUCAGUAUCUUGCGGCAAAAAGAGCCAUCAAAACAGUGUUUGGGACAGAGCCAGACAUGAUCCGGGAUGGAUCAACCAUACCUAUUGCCAGAAUAUUCCAGGACGCCAUCCAGAAGAGUGUGAUGAUGCUCCCGCUGGGCGCGGUGGAUGAUGGAGAGCACUCCCAGAAGGAGAAGAUCAACAGGUGGAAUUACAUAGAGGGAUCCAAAUUAUUUGCUGCCUUUUUCCUAGAGAUGGCUAAGCUGCAUUAAUCAUGGUAGGAACCUUCCAGCCUAGGCCUGACCUACUGACAGAUCCCCUUUCACACAACCCUGGGCAGGAACAAAAUCUAACUAUUCAGAGGAAUUUGGUCCCCCAAAUAAUGUUUUCCCUUGGACAUCUGGACCAGUAAUAAAAUAUUUCCAAGGUGCAGA